CCCAGCGCCUCCUCCCCUCCAUUAUACAGACUGGGAAAACUGAGGAAGCGACAGCUGACCAAGGUGCAAUGGCAGAGAAGGUGCUGGUAACUGGCGGUGCAGGCUACAUCGGCAGCCACACGGUGCUGGAGCUGCUGGAGGCGGGCUACUCCCCUGUGGUCAUCGACAACUUUCAUAAUGCCAUCCGUGGAGGGGGCUCCAUGCCCGAAAGCCUACGACGGGUUCAGGAGUUGACAGGCCACCCUGUGGAGUUUGAGGAGAUGGACAUCUUGGACCAGGCAGCCCUGCAGUGCCUCUUCAAAAAGCACAGCUUUAAGGCUGUCAUCCACUUUGCGGGGCUCAAGGCUGUGGGCGAGUCAGUGCAGAAGCCUCUGGAUUAUUACAGAGUUAACUUGACAGGGACCAUCCAGCUUCUGGAGAUCAUGAGGGCCCAUGGGGUGAAGAACCUGGUGUUCAGCAGCUCAGCCACUGUGUACGGGAACCCCCAGUACCUGCCUCUGGAUGAGGCCCACCCCACGGGGGGCUGUACCAACCCCUACGGCAAGUCCAAGUUCUUCAUCGAGGAGAUGAUCCGGGACCUGUGCCGGGCAGACAAGGCCUGGAAUGCAGUGCUGCUACGAUACUUCAAUCCCACUGGUGCCCAUGCCUCUGGCUGCAUUGGCGAGGACCCCCAGGGCAUUCCCAACAACCUCAUGCCUUAUGUCUCCCAGGUGGCAAUCGGGCGACGGGAGGCCCUGAAUGUCUUUGGCAAUGACUAUGACACAGAGGAUGGCACAGGCGUCCGGGAUUACAUCCACGUGGUGGAUCUGGCCAAAGGCCACAUUGCUGCCCUGAAGAAGCUGAAGGAGCAGUGUGGCUGCCGGAUCUACAACCUGGGCACAGGCACUGGCUACUCAGUGCUGCAGAUGGUCCAAGCCAUGGAGAAGGCCUCAGGGAAGAAGAUCCCGUACAAGGUGGUGGCACGGCGGGAAGGCGAUGUGGCUGCCUGUUAUGCCAACCCCAGCUUGGCCCAUGAGGAGCUGGGCUGGACAGCGGCCCUGGGGCUGGACAGGAUGUGUGAAGAUCUGUGGCGCUGGCAGAAGCAAAAUCCUUCAGGCUUUGGUGCACAGGCCUGACGACCCUCCCCUACCAUGGACCAGAGAAGGAAAAGAGACACAACUGCCUGCUCUACGGCCUCUGGCAGGACCCCAGCACCCCAGACCUCUGGGGCCAAGCCAAGGCUGCCCCUACCUCAAACCCAGGCUGGGCCCACUCAGCCCACCAGGCAGGAGGCCAAGAGCUCCACUGACCAGGAGCUGGGGUCUCUACUGCUGAUCUCCUGCAGGGGUCAGGAACUCAUCAGGACCACCACCAGUCGGUGAGGAGGCAGGGCUCGGGACCACACCCUCCCAGGCACUGACUUCUACAGCUAUGAGGGAGCUUUCCAAAGUAUUUAAAAUAAAAAUGUUUUCUUACACUGG